ACAUAGGAUCCGCAGUUAGUUUUACAGCAAAGAAAGAGAGCUUGUAAAAAUCGAAAUCUACAUUUUCCCCCAAAAUUUCUCUCUCCCCCAGAUUUAGCCCUAAACCGUUACUUGCCACCCUCUCUCUCUCUCUCUCUCUCUGGAUUUUUCCCGGAAAAUUGAAUCUACUUUUCUUCCAUAGUUUUCCUCGUAUUCCGUCUCUGAUAAUUCUCUGACCCCCGCCGCAUCGAAUCCGAUUCUUAGAUUAAGGGGGAGAUACAGAGAAAUCUAAAACCUAGGUCCUUGCUUUGCUUCCUUGAUCAGAUUCGAGAUUCCUUGACCCCCUUUACUUGCUUCAUAUCGACGAGAACAGGGAGAGGAAGGAACGAACGGGGAAACUCUUUCCUCGAUUUCUCUCUCGGUGAAUCAACACCAACACCAAUCGUCUCCUUCCGUUGACCAGAUCUUCCGAAUCCUCUCUCUCUCUCUCUCUCUCUCAUGUUAUAAUCCGAUUCAACUAUGCGCUGACUAACGACAGAAAGGAAGAAGAGAGAGCCACGCCUUCGCUUCUUUGUUUUCAAUCAGGAUCGGUGAUUAAUGGAGUUUCUGAAUGUUUGUUUACUCCUCGCUUUGAUUCUCAGCUUCCUCUUUGUCCAAUCACAACAACAAGAUCAAGCCCGGACUUUGUCACCGCCUCCUCCUCCGCCGAGUCUUCAAGCUAACACGCCUCCUCCUCCUCCGACUCAAAACAGCGCUGGCAUUCUGACUCCUCCGCCUCCUCCUCCUCCGACUCAAAACAGCGCUGGCAUUCUGACUCCUCCGCCUCCUUCUCCUCCGCCUCAUAACAGCGUUGGCAUUCUAACUCCUCCGCCGCCGCCGCCUCCUCAUUCUCCACCUUCACCACCGCCGCCGAUUCCAAAACCUCCUCCUCCUCCUCCUCCUCCUCCUCCUACGCCUGCGGUAGCUUCUCCUCCACAUUCUAACAGAAACAAAUCACGGAGGCUGCGGCCGCCAUCUCCUCCGCCGCCUCCGCCUCCACGGAUCUUCAAGCAGCCGGAGAAAAGUGGAUUAAACACAGGGAAGACGGUUGGUCUGGUGUUCGCUGGGUUCGCAGCGAUGCUGCAGAUAUGCGUUGUUGCCUUCUUGGUUUUCAAAAGAAAGCAGCUUUUAAGGAUGACACAUACUUACUGAUUAUUCCAAAAGGGACAAACUUUAAACAAGAGAUCAUCAAGGCUUCAUCAUUAGCCUCCCCCUUAUCGGAUCUAUCAAGACUUCCUCUGUAAAUGGGUACAUUCUGGGUUUGACAAAGUUCUUUUAUUAUAUUUUUUUGUUCUUUUUUAAGGUCGUCUAGUUUUUUUUCUUUCAUUUACAUGCCUAAUGAUGCUAACUAGAGUGAAACAGAGAGAGGUGUCGAGAGAAAGAAGUGGCUCUCAAUCAUGUAAUAUUGUUUUUAGUCCAAUUCUGUGAGAGGGAAAAAAAACGAUAAUAUAAUUUCAUUUUGUGAGUUUGUUACUUUGAAUAUUCUUGUUACAUUCUCUAAAUGAGUCAGGGUUGUACACAAAUCCUCUGUUUGUAGCACAUUGUAUGAUGUUAUUGGUGAGAAUCAUAGCAAAGCAUGAUAGGAAGAUUCAAGUUUCUUUCUC